GUCAAUGUCACACAGGACAGUGGUGCAAAGGCUCUCUCGGCCAUUGCAGGAGCACCUCACAAAUCACAAUCAAUCCAAACCCUCAUAAAUUCCCAAUUUUAACUUUUCCAGGGUUUUUGAUGAUCACACAUCCGGCACAUGUCUUUGGGCUCCUCUCUCAUUCUCUUUGCGUUCCUCGUCAAUUCUCUCUUCUGUUUCAGCUUUUCGAGCUGAAAAUCCUAAUACCCAGUUUGGUGGCCGAGAAAUUUUAGGAAUGAGAGAAAGAAAGUUAAGAACUUUGAAUAUUUGUUCUGGGUUUUCUUGAAAAUUAAAUUCCAGAGCGAGGCAAGGGUAGGCUUUACUUCACGGAUGAAUAUUUGAUAGCUGAUAUACCACUCUUUUGACUCGGUUGACGUGAGCCAAACGCAGGGGAUAUCGUUUGGGUUUUACCAAUUGAAGAAAAAUGGCAUCUGCUCAAGGGCUUGCUUCGUUGACCCAUUCGUUAUUUGCAGUUAAACGGCAGCGUUUUAUGGGUCUCCGUGGUUUCUCAGCGCAAUCCUGUGGUAGGGUUUUUCCUAGAAUCUGCAAGCACCAGAAACCCAACUUCAUCGUUGCGAAGUCGAGUAAAGUUCGAGACUUUAGGCUGUUCAAAUCUGUUGAAUUGGACCAGUUCCUGACUAGCGACGACGAGGAUGAAAUGGGUGAAGGUUUCUUUGAGGCGAUUGAAGAAUUGGAGCGAAUGACAAGGGAACCCUCCGAUGUUCUUGAGGAAAUGAACGACCGGUUAUCGGCCAGAGAGUUACAGCUUGUGUUAGUCUACUUUUCUCAGGAGGGUAGGGACUCAUGGUGUGCGCUUGAGGUGUUUGAGUGGCUCCGAAAGGAGAACCGGGUCGAUAAGGAGACGAUGGAUCUUAUGGUUUCCAUAAUGUGUAGUUGGGUCAAGAAAUUGAUUCAGAGGGAACACGACAUUGGGGAUGUGGUUGACCUUCUUGUGGACAUGGAUUGUGUGGGUUUGAAGCCGAGUUUUAGCAUGAUGGAGAAGGUGAUUUCUUUGUAUUGGGAGAUGGGUGAGAAGGAAAAGGCGGUUCUGUUUGUAAAAGAGGUGUUGAAACGUGGAAUUGUGUAUUCGGAGGAAGACGAUACAGAUGGGCAUAAAGGAGGGCCAACUGGCUAUCUUGCUUGGAAGAUGAUGGUUGAGGGCAACUAUAGGGAUUCAGUGAAGUUGGUGAUUCAUCUAAGAGAAUCUGGGUUGAAGCCAGAGGUCUACAGCUACCUCAUUGCAAUGACAGCUGUGGUUAAGGAACUAAAUGAACUUGCUAAAGCUUUGCGCAAGUUGAAGGGUUUUACAAGGGCUGGGCUGAUAGCUGAAUUUGAUACAGAAAAUGUUGGGCUUAUCGAGAAGUAUCAGUCAGAUCUUCUAUCUGAUGGAGUACAGUUGUCCAAUUGGGUGAUUCAGGAGGGAAGUUCUUCACUCCAUGGGGUGGUUCAUGAGAGGCUCCUGGCAAUGUAUAUCUGCUCUGGGCAUGGACUUGAGGCCGAGAGGCAGUUGUGGGAAAUGAAACUUGUUGGUAAAGAGGCUGAUGCGGACCUUUAUGACAUUGUGUUAGCCAUCUGUGCUUCCCAAAAGGAGGCCAGUGCUAUAGGACGGUUGCUUACGAGAACAGAGGUUACCAGUUCUCUGCGUAAAAAGAAAAGCCUAUCAUGGUUGCUAAGAGGGUACAUUAAAGGGGGACAUUUUGAUGAUGCUGCAGAAACAGUAAUAAAAAUGCUUGAUUUGGGUUUGUGCCCGGAGUUUUUGGACAGGGCAGCUGUGCUGCAAGGGCUAAGGAAAAGCAUCCAAGAAUCUGGUGGUGUAGAUACUUACCUCAAACUUUGCAAGCGCCUCUCAGAUGCCAGUUUGAUCGGACCUUGUCUUGUAUAUCUGUUCAUAAGGAAAUAUAAGCUUUGGAUCACAAAAAUGCUUUAAAGCACUUUGGGGGAUAGUUCUGAGAAUUUAGAAGUAUAGUUUUGUUGGUCAACAUUUCAUAGCACAGGAACCUAAAUCCUGCUUGCUUUUUACAUGUUAAUUUUGUAUAGUUAUGGAUGGCUACAAGAUUUGGCACGACCAAAUCCUAGAGGCAGGUUAACUGUGUUGUGCAAAAAUUGUUCUUGAAUGUUUUGUUCUGGGGAUCUUUCACUUGUGUAUAUGGUGGCUGCUGUGAAACAUAAUAAUGAAGUUUCAACACUAUGUAAUCAAGUAGACUUCAUAUAAAUGCAACAGGUAUGUUUCUGCGGUUUCUCGA